AUGGCAAGUGGAAGAGGAGCUGGUUCCGAUUUGGUUCAGCGGCUGAAUGCCGUUUCGGAAGUUGAGAAAUCGAUUGGAAAUCUCCUACGACAUGCCCAAACAUGUAUUUCGGAAUUAUCCAAAGAAAAGCAGAUCAGCAAGACAAAAAUGGAAGAGUCAUCUCAAGCCUUCAAGAAGACUUUGACUCAAGUUGAAAAGGAACUUUCCGAACAAAUGCUGUAUCUGUCAAAUGUGUGCGUCGGCUCGGCUCACCAAGGGUCUACCUUCGCUUCGCAGCAAAAUAUCAUGCUAGCUGAGGCAACAGAGUUGGACCUUCACCGAGAACUUAUCAACAUUAUUGACAAACAUUUUAAUGAAGAUAUUCAAUAA